GUGUAGGGGCGGAGACAAACCCAAACCGCACGUUGAGAGCUUUCCGUCCUAGACUGCCUGGGUCUGGUGCCACCUAUCCCGCCAGGUUCCCCAGUGACUUCGCUGAAGCUCUCAGAGCCAGAAAAGGAUUACGGAGUGUCCGCUAAGGCUACAGACUUCAAGGAGGGGGCAGGGAAGCCAGCGGCCUGGGGCGCCACUUCCUUGGAAGCUUCAGCCACAACCCGGACUGUAACUCACGGCUCCCUCGGGGGGCUCAAGGCUGAGAUCCGCCUCACCACUCCCUCCUCCUACCCACGAGCUGCCUCCGCCUCCUUCCUCUGCCUCCACCCUCAACCCCUAACCUGAUCUGCCUUGAGCUCGGAUCUUCAUCUGCCCGAGCUCUGGAUGUGGGCGCCGGACAAGUCCACGGCUCCUCCACCCAAGAUGGACAGCCGCUACACAAGCACUGCUGGCAUCGGGGACUUGAACCAGCUGAGUGCAGCCAUCCCGGCCACGCGGGUGGAGGUGUCCGUGUCCUGCAGAAAUCUUCUCGACAGAGACACAUUUUCUAAAUCUGAUCCAAUCUGUGUCUUAUAUGUACAAGGAAUUGGAAAUAAAGAAUGGAGAGAGUUUGGAAGGACUGAAGUAAUUGAUAAUACAUUAAAUCCGGAUUUUGUAAGAAAAUUUAUUCUGGACUACUUUUUUGAAGAAAAGGAGAACCUUCGUUUUGAUUUGUACGAUGUGGACUCAAAGAGCCCCAACUUGUCCAAACAUGACUUUCUGGGACAAGUGUUUUGUACAUUGGGGGAGAUUGUUGGUUCACAGGGAAGUCGCCUGGAAAAGCCAAUAGUAGGCAUUCCAGGGAAGAAAUGUGGCACUAUCAUACUUACAGCAGAGGAAUUAAACUGUUGCAGGGAUGCUGUUCUGAUGCAAUUUUGUGCUAACAAAUUGGACAAGAAAGACUUCUUUGGAAAAUCAGAUCCUUUUCUUGUAUUUUAUCGAAGUAAUGAAGAUGGCAGUUUUACAAUUUGUCAUAAAACAGAAGUUGUGAAAAACACUCUGAAUCCUGUUUGGCAAGCAUUCAAGAUCUCAGUCAGAGCGUUGUGCAAUGGUGACUAUGACAGAACAAUCAAAGUAGAGGUGUAUGACUGGGACCGAGACGGCAGUCACGAUUUCAUUGGAGAAUUUACAACAAGCUAUAGGGAACUUUCUAGAGGGCAAUCACAAUUCAAUGUAUAUGAGGUGGUGAAUCCCAAAAAGAAAGUAAAAAAGAAAAAAUAUAUCAAUUCAGGAACAGUAACCUUACUCUCUUUUUUGGUAGAAACAGAAGUUUCAUUCCUUGACUAUAUUAAAGGAGGAACACAAAUCAAUUUCACAGUGGCUAUUGACUUUACAGCAUCAAAUGGCAACCCCGCCCAGCCCACCUCUCUGCACUACAUGAACCCUUACCAGCUGAACGCCUAUGGCAUGGCUCUGAAAGCGGUGGGAGAAAUCGUUCAAGAUUAUGACAGUGAUAAAAUGUUCCCAGCUCUAGGUUUUGGUGCAAAACUGCCUCCAGAUGGAAGGAUAUCUCAUGAGUUUGCUUUGAAUGGGAACCCUCAAAACCCCUACUGCGAUGGCAUUGAGGGAGUCAUGGAGGCUUACUAUAGGAGUCUGAAGUCGGUACAGCUGUACGGGCCAACAAACUUUGCUCCCGUAAUCAAUCAUGUAGCCAGAUAUGCUUCUUCUGUAAAGGAUGGCUCCCAGUAUUUUGUGCUCCUGAUUGUGACAGAUGGCGUUAUCUCAGAUAUGGCUCAAACAAAGGAGUCUAUAGUGAAUGCUUCAAAACUUCCAAUGUCAAUAAUUAUAGUUGGUGUUGGACCAGCAGAAUUUGAUGCAAUGAUUGAGUUGGAUGGAGAUGAUGUAAGAGUUUCCUCCAGAGGAAAAUAUGCUGAAAGGGACAUUGUGCAGUUUGUGCCUUUCAGAGAUUAUAUCGACAGAAGCGGAAACCACAUACUGAGUAUGGCUAGAUUGGCUAAAGAUGUCCUAGCUGAGAUCCCUGAGCAGUUCCUCUCUUACAUGAGGGCCCGAGGAAUCAAGCCUUUGCCUGCGCCUCCCCCGUACACCCCACCUACACAUGUGUUACAGACUCAAAUAUAACUGUGCUCCGAAACGUUACCAUGAACGGCAUGUCAGUUCCAACUGCUGAGUCAGGCUUGGUCCUGAUGCUCUGUAACGAACCAGGGAAUGAGGACCUUUCCUCUGUUUGGUUUCAGCAGUACUGGUUAAUAUGCUUUCUGGGAUCCAAAAUUAUUCUCUUCCUAAACCAAAACUGUAAAUAUGGUUGUUGCAUGAGCAACAGAAAAAUUCUCUGAAUGCUUGAAGCAAAAUAUGGAUGUCUUCUCUGAACCUUUACUUUUCUUUUCUUUUUUUUUUUUUUUUUGACAGAAACAGCUAGUUUCCAAUGUGUUGUUGGGGAAAAGCACAAACUAUGUUUUUAACUAAAAUAUUGUCCUCGACUGCUGUGUGUAUAGGAAAGCAGUCUUUCUGUAUCAAUGUUUACAUGUUACUACUUUUUAAAUUUCAAUACUUUUAUAACUGUUCUUAAGAAUAAGAGUUUUGCAUAUUGAAUCCUUUGUCUUCUAAACUGCAAUAGCUAUAAUUACAAGAGCAAUAUCUCUUUGAAUGACUGUCUGGACAAAUACAGUUGCAAACAAGGGAAAGGGAAGGUACUUGCAUAUUUCUUCAGUGAGGGAAUUGUCUUACGAAGCUGCAUCUGCUUAGUAAUCAAUUCCUCUGCAUUUGCCAAGUAUGGGAGUUUCAGCUUAGCAGAUGUAUGUCCUGUAAGAACGUGCAUUUUUCAUGGAGCUUGGGUUCUAAAUUUAGACUGCAGUCAAUUUAUGUUCUGUACUGCUAAGUAGAAAUUUUUCAAAAGUCAAACAUUGUGAACUGAAAAUGCACAAAAAAUACUUUGUGUAAAAAGUGUAGCCUCUUUAUAUCAUAAUGCUAUUUAGAAAGACUAAAACCCAGAAUAUUUAACUGUGAACCAUGUAGCAGAAGUUUUAAAAUUUUUAUUCCAUUAUACCUUGUCUAGAUAUUUUAAUUCAAAGGGAUACUGGCUCUCUUGGAUUCCUUAUCACCUUUCCACAUUGCCACACAAGGGUGCACCGGCUGGAAGUUUUUUGUGAAAUUCCCAGUUAAAUACACACAACCAUGUGACUUAGUGCACAACACAUUUGUGAAAUAACCUACUCCUAUAUACUAAUCUGCGUGUCCACAAUUAAUUGUAAAGAGUUUUUGCAUGUACAGUUUUUACAAGAAUUACAGUUUUGUGAUGUUGUGUCCAAGUUAAAACAUUUCUUUAGAACAAAUGGCCUUAACUCCUCACAGAAUUCCUGGAAAUGAUUGUGAACUGCCUUUAAAUAAUAGAAAAGUGUAUUUAUUUUUUUCUUUUGUGUCAAUAAUGUAACUGCUUUAUAAUAUUUUCCUUACUUAUACAUUUACUACUUGGUUUAUUUUUACUGUAUGUUGUUCUCUUUGUCCCAAGUUGACUUAGGGUGACUUUUAUAAGCAUGAAACUAUUUUACUGAAGAGAAAAAUAUAUACAUCCACAUAUCCAACAGUAUCAAUAUUAUAUAAUUAUGUAAUACUAAGUUGUCCAUUUUUAAGAAUGUAUUAAAAUCUUUAAAAGGAUAA